UCUCUCCCAUCUAAUACUAGAGAGAGAGAGAGAGAGAGAGAGAGAGAGAGAGAGAUCUGGAUGUCUCCGCCUCCGCCCAACUACGAGUUUCAGGAAUGGUGGAAUAAGGAGCGCGAGAAGGUCUACGGCCUCCUCGCCUCGCCGCCCGACGACCCCUCCAUCACCUCCUCCUCCUCCGCCGACGCCGCCUGGGCCGCCGUCGAGGUACGCACCCCCACCACCCCCGUUGCCGCCGGCAAGUCCCGCGGCCGCAGCCCCCGCCAGCUCUCCUGGCUCCUCCUCCUCCGCCUCCACCACUCCGCCGCGCUCCUCGCCUCCCUCCCCGUCCGCCUCCUCGCCCUCCUCCUCACCGCCGCCCGCCGGAUCUCUUCCGCCCCUGUCUCAUCCUCCCCUGACUCUCGCCUCUACCGCGCGAUCCGUGCCUUCCUCGUCCUCGCCGUCCUGCUCCUACUCGUCGAGCUCCUCGCCUACUUCAAAGGCUGGCACUUUAGCCCCCCUUCCUACGCCUCCUCCGCUGAGGCCCUCGAGCGCCUCUACGCCAAUUGGCUCCACAUCCGGGCCCAGUACCUCGCCCCCCCGGUCCAGGCCAUGGCCAAUGUGUGCAUCGUCCUCUUCUUGAUCCAGUCCGUGGAUCGGGUCGUCCUUAUGCUUGGCUGCAUCUAUAUACGGCUCCGGGGUUUGAAGCCCGGGGCAGCGGUGGAGUACAAUGAUGGGGAUGUGGAGGGUGGGCGGGCGGUCGAGAACUACCCCAUGGUUCUGGUCCAGAUCCCCAUGUGCAAUGAGCGGGAGGUUUACCAGCAGUCAAUUGCAGCAGUAUGCAUUCUGGACUGGCCAAAGGAGAGAAUGCUCAUCCAAGUUUUGGAUGACUCUGAUGAUAUGGAUGUGCAGCUCCUCAUAAAGGCAGAAGUCCAGAAAUGGCAACAAAAAGGUGUUCGCAUAUUGUAUAGGCACCGGCUUAUUCGCACAGGCUACAAGGCAGGGAACUUGAAUUCUGCUAUGAGCUGCGACUAUGCGAAGGACUACGAGUUUGUUGCGAUAUUCGAUGCAGAUUUUCAGCCCACACCUGAUUUCUUGAAGAAGACAAUCCCACAUUUUAAGGGGAAUGAUGAUCUGGCAUUGGUCCAAGCUAGAUGGGCUUUCGUCAACAAGGAUGAAAAUCUGCUCACAAGGCUGCAGAACAUAAAUUUGUCAUUCCAUUUUGAGGUUGAACAACAGGUAAAUGGUUGCUUCAUCAAUUUCUUUGGCUUCAAUGGUACUGCUGGUGUAUGGAGAAUAAAAGCUCUUGAAGAAUCUGGUGGCUGGUUGGAGAGAACUACCGUGGAGGACAUGGAUAUUGCUGUUCGUGCUCAUCUUUGUGGAUGGAAAUUUAUCUUUCUAAAUGAUGUAAAGUGCCUUUGUGAACUUCCAGAAUCCUAUGAGGCUUACAAGAAACAGCAACACCGAUGGCAUUCAGGUCCAAUGCAACUAUUCCGAUUGUGCUUUAUUGACAUCCUUCAUUCGAAGGUAAGCUUGUUGAAGAAGGCCAAUUUGAUUUUUCUGUUCUUCCUCCUGCGGAAGCUGAUCCUGCCGUUCUACUCAUUCACUCUCUUCUGCAUUAUCCUCCCACUGACCAUGUUCCUGCCUGAAGCUCAAUUGCCAGCUUGGGUUGUAUGUUAUGUGCCUGGUAUUAUGUCUCUCGUGAACAUCCUUCCAGCUCCAAGGUCAUUCCCGUUUAUAGUUCCCUACCUACUUUUUGAGAACACAAUGUCGGUCACCAAAUUCAAUGCCAUGAUAUCAGGACUUUUUAAAUUUGGGAGUUCAUAUGAAUGGAUAGUCACUAAGAAGCUGGGGAGGUCAUCAGAAGCAGAUUUAGUUUCCUUUGCUAAAAAGGAUCCUGAUCCCCAAGCAGAAGGUAGGGGCCUUCACAGAGCAUCUUCGGAAUCAGGCCUUUCAGAAUUAAACAAAUUGGAGACAACUAAGAAGCAUGGGAAGAUCAAGAGGAACCGUUUGUACCGGAAGGAACUUGCCCUUGCAUUCAUACUAUUAACCGCUUCUGCCAGAAGCCUAUUGUCUGCUCAAGGGAUUCAUUUCUAUUUCUUAUUGUUUCAAGGAGUCACUUUCCUUGUUGUUGGGCUUGAUCUGAUUGGAGAGCAGGUAAGCUAACGACAGUAUUAUGGUUCAAGCUAUGGCCAAAAGGCUUUAUGAAACUACCGUGCGCUCACCCAACUGCCUCCUUUUACAAAAGCGACCAGUGGCUGCUUCCAAGGCCCUCUGAUGGAAGGUCACAUUGACCCAAAAGAGGAUUGAUCUAUCAGAUUGGUUGCUUUCAGCCAUUGAUUCAAUUGUUUUCCGGUUCGUGGUGUUGUAUCAUUUAGUUCUUCUCACGUGGCUAUUGGAUCAGAGUGGAUCCUUUGCUUGGCUGGGGAAGACUGUAGUGCCCAACUGUACCAAAGGAGGCAUUAUCUAUGAGUUUUUCCAUUGUUUUCCCCCUCCCUUUUUUAUGUAUGAUUCAUAGAUAGAUUUGAAGAUUUUUUUCUCCCUUGAACGUUUCAUUGGGGAUGAACUGGUAUUCUUCGAUAGCUAUCAUAUAGAAGACAAUCAAAGUAAUUCAUGUCUGUUUGAGUGAGGAGGCUGUAAUGUUAUUUUUGUUUCAGUGAGCAAGUAAAAGUUAGCUAUGAUGUUGUUUAA